CUUUAGAGUAGACUCGGUAGAGAAAUAUACUCUUUGUUAUUCAUGGAAGCUUUGGUACAAACAUGUAAUCUGCACUGAAACCUUUAAACUACAGAGAGGAAGACUAGAUAGAGAAGAUGAAGUGUCCGUAUUGCUCAGGUGUGCAAGGGAAGUGUACAACAACAACAUCAGGGCGUUCAGUAACAGAGUGUUGUACAUGUGGAAGAAUAGUAGAAGAAAGACAAUAUCAAGCUCAUGAUCUUUUCAAUCUUAGAGCUCAAGAUUCUCCACUCUGUGUAGUCACUUCUGAUCUUGCUUCAAUUAUCCCAUCUCCAGAUAUUGUGGGUGCCAAUAAACCCCCAAACCCUAAAAUCAACAAUAACAGUGAAGUAGAAGAGGAGGGGGAGGGGGAGGAAGAUGAAGAUGACGACCCAUUUGAACCAACUGGUUUCAUUACUGCUUUCUCAACUUGGUCUUUAGAACCAAGCCCAAUUACAGCUAGGUCUUCUAUUUCAUUUUCUGGUUAUCUUGCUGAACUUGAACGUUCAAUUGAUUCUUCUUCAACUUCUGGGUCUGGUGUUGUUGUUGAUAAUUUAAGAGCUUAUCUUCAGAUAAUUGAUGUUGCUUCAAUUUUAGAUUUGGAGGCUGAUAUAUCAGAUCAUGCUUUUCAAUUGUUUAGAGAUUGUUCUUUAGCUACUUGUUUGAGAAAUCGAAGUGUUGAAGCACUUGCUACUGCUGCCCUUGUUCAAGCCAUAAGAGAAGCUCAAGAACCCAGAACUCUACAGGAAAUAUCAAAUGCAGCCAAUGUCCCCCAGAAGGAGAUUGGAAAGUACAUUAAGAUAUUGGGAGAGGCUUUGCAGCUGAGUCAGCCAAUUAAUAGUAAUUCGAUAUCCGUUCACAUGCCGAGGUUUUGCACUCUUCUCCAACUAAACAAAUCAGCUCAGGAAUUGGCGACUCACAUUGGCGAGGUUGUAAUCAACAAAUGCUUCUGCACACGUAGAAACCCUAUUAGCAUCUCUGCAGCAGCUAUUUAUCUGGCCUGUCAACUAGAAGACAAACGCAAGACCCAGGCUGAGAUUUGCAAAGUCACGGGACUAACCGAGGUGACGCUGCGCAAAGUCUACAAGGAACUAUUGGAAAACUGGGACGAUCUUCUACCACCUAACUACACACCCGCCAUCCCUCCCGAGAAAGCAUUCCCAACCACUCUAAUUACAGCACGCUCUUCAUCGGCUUCUAGAAUUGACCCAUCUGAGAUUGCUUCUUUUUCUGAUAAAGAUAAGCAACCUGAAGUUACCAAACCUAAGAAAUCAUUUGAGCUCUUGGAGAGUGAUCAUCAGCUUAGUGGCAAAGAGGAGUCAGAAAACAAAGGCAUUGACCAUGAACCUUAUGGAGCAGCCAAUAAUCCUGCAGUGAAUCGUCAGACAACCUUUUGGCAGGGUCAGGUUCCAUUUGGUGGUUCUGAUUCUAAGCAAACUGAGGCAGAAAGAAUUCGGAUUUCAGAAAGAGGUAUUGACAUGAACGAGAUCCAGUUGAGCCCUCCGGAGGUUGAACAUAAGGUAGUUAAGAGAGAACCAGAUGCUACCACCAGUUCCCAGAUGUUGCAUCGCUUUUCUGGUCCCUCGGCCUCCAGUAGCUCCAGCAUAUGGCAUUUCCAAACACCACUUUCAUCACAGCCUCAUGUUCAAUUUGCGCAGCCACCACCACAGAUUGGACCAGGUUUUACAGAAAUUAGAGGAGCUGGGAACCAAAAGAGAAAUGAUAAGCGAUAUGGAAAUACUGAGAAGCACUAAGCACUGUAAUGGGUUCCAAAUCUAAUCAAUUGUAGAACCACUGAAAUGGCUUUUAGAUAUAUUAUAGUAUGUUGUAUCAGUAUCACUGUACCUCUUCUGUGUUUGAGUGCAUGUGCAGUUAUGAUUCCAAGUAUACAGAAUAGAUGGACUAUUGGUCAGUUCU